AAGCAGCAAAAAAUGAUGCUAAAUGUCUCCACCGCUGAUAGGGCAACUCCCUUCUCAGUGCCAACAGAAACUUACUGCUGGUGUUUGUUGUUGAUAACCCAUUUCCAUGACAGGGAAAGCGAAAAUGACUCGUGUAAGUUUCGUUUUCCCGACUACAGCUGAUUCUGUCGUAUAUAAAUAACGCAGCCGUCUGUAGAGCAACAUUCAGAGGACAAACACUGACUGCUUCGGCGUUUCUGCGGAUCUACAGGCGACAGAAAAUAAAGCAAAAAUGAGCGGACCAACAGGUUGGACUCCGUCUUUCUGGCUGGACAUAUUUGAUGAGCUCCUUUAUGAUGACAAUGAGCUGGACUACGGAGACGAGUGGAAUCUAAACUUUAACUACACCCAAACAAACGAAAUCACCAAAGAAGAGAGGAAGAGAGGCUGGAAGGUGUAUUCCCAUUGUGCCUUUGGAAAGUUCCAGUGCGGAGUUUGUCGUAAGACCUGGCCUUCGGCUCGAGCGGUGGUGCUGUUCCGCUACCGGGUGCGAAACGGCCGGGGUACGGUGAUAAUGCGACCUUUUGGUCAAGCUUGUCGUCGUUGUCAGGACGGGGAAUAUGAUCUUCCAGGUUUCAACAGGAAAGAAGUGGAACAUGCUUUGCUCAGGCUUUUUUCCAAAAUCCGCAAAAAUUGCUACGGGGAGGAGGAAAGCGACGAUGUUUCUUCGACAUCCUCUGUUAAAGUGUGGACCAAGCCCCAUGAGGCAGCACUGUGUGAGGCCUGCCGCCUGGGCAUUUGCUGUCUGGAGGAUGAGUGAAAGGAGAGACAUUCCAUCGUUCUCGGUUUUGGGAGACCUUAUCCUUGACAUUUUGAGGUUGUAAAUAUGUUUGUCAGAUAAGGUUUGACGUGACGCUGGGACCAAAAAUCGGCUUUUGUGAAAAUUUAAAUUACUUUGGUAAUUGUUUUGUUUAGUUAUGGUAAAUGAAGAUUUGAUACUUGUGCAUUUAUGGUAAAAAUAUUUCACCUUAUUUUAUAAUGAUCUGUACUUUUUAUCAUUCAAUUAAAGUCAUCUAAAUAUAUCUAUGUAAGUAGGAGUUUUUUCCUUUUUUGUCAGAUGUUCCACAAAGUUUGAUAAUGUUGGCAAUGGGGAUGUUUUAACAAAAAAUACUUGUAUAUUUGUCUGCUGUUAAUUCCUCACAUUGUAAAGAGGUUUAGAUAUAUUUUCUAAUAUUCAUGAAACCAAUACUUACAGUAGUUAAGGUACAUGUAAGAACAGAAUGAAGUAUUUCGGGUAACAAUAUAUCCGGUUUACUGUAUUUUUUCCCUUAACCUCGCACAACAAGCUCAGGAGAUAGAAAAUACCAAUAGAACCAGAAAGUUUGUGUAAAAAUAAAAAUCUCACUCUAAUAUAAACUGUAGGUGUGUGUCCAUGCGUGAUGCAUUUUUGUUACAAUAUGCUUGUUCUUCAUUUAGUGAAGUUACUGACAGUGGGGAGAGCAGCUAGAAACUUUUCUUAAGAUUGGCAAUACUUCAAAAUAUUAAGAAAUAUUACUGGUAAAACUACCCUGUAAUACAUUGAGCCAAAGUAGAUAUCAUUCAAAAUGUCAUUAGAGUAAUUGUAACCAGUUGCUACAUCUCUCCGAUGGAAAAGGCUGUAUAAAAAGUUGGAUGAUUUAAUUUUAUGAAUGUAAGACUACUUUCAAUUAAACUUGAACCAUAUUCUAUAAUUCAUCAAAAGGAUACACAAUUAAAUGAGAAGGUUU